AUGUCGGAACAGUUCAAUACGAAUUCCCGGAGAACAGCAACGAAUCUCAACUCCAGGUACUUGUAUAUUCCACUUGUUGGGUCUCAUAGAAAGCUACUCAACAUAUGGGUUAUAUUCACAUUUGUUGCUGUAUGGCAUGAUUUAGAAUGGAAACUUCUUUCAUGGGCAUGGCUAACAUGUUUAUUCUUCGUUCCUGAAUUGUUGGUGAAAUCAGCUGCAAAUUCGUUCCAGGCAAAGGGUGCUUUGGAAGGAUUCAUUUUUCGUGAGCUUAGAGCAGCUGGUGGUGCUAUCAUAAUCACUUGUCUCAUGGUCAGUUUUAUUGGGGUCUGCGAUCAUGGGACCCUAUUCGUGCCGGUUCUUUUAUUUGUGAAUACGCAGGUGAAGUUAUUGACAACACUGAUGCAAAGCUGGAUGGGGGAGAUGACGAAAGCAACGAGUAUGCUUUUCAUACAAAUAGAGUCUAUGAAUCCUUCAAGUGGAAUUAUGAAGCCGAGUUAGUAGGAGAAGGAAGUACCAACACUUCCGAAGAUCAUGAUAUUCCAUCUCCCCUAAUCAUAAGUUCAAAGAACAGUGGAAAUGUAGCUCGGUUCAUGAAUCACAGUUGCUCUUCAAAUGUUUUCUGGCAGCCAAUCAUGUAUGGACAUAGCAAUGAGGUUCUCCAUUUUGCUUUAUUUGCUAAGAGGCACAUCCCUCCCAUGACAGAGCUGACAUAUGAUUACGGCAUUCCGCGCUCCGAUGAGAAGGACUGUAACAACGUGGACUAUGGAAAAAAGAAAUGCUUAUGUGGAUGGCGAAAUGCCGAGGUUAUUUUUAUUGAAGACAAGCGAAACUUUUGGCGUUUUGAACGGAGUCUCGGACCUCUAUCAUCUUUUUGUAGAAUCAAGUGUAUUUCCAUUUUUGUGUUCACAGGCUGUUGUAGGGUUAAUCUUAUGCCAUUACAUGCAGAAUUGACAAGUUAUAGAAAGUUAGAAACCAUACGUGCGAUGAUUUUCCGCAGGUUAGCAGGAGUUACUAGAGAAACGGCAGAAUGCUUGGUAUUUCACUU